UACAUUUAAUAACCAGUUAAUAUGAGUUUUAUUUUUAGUUUUAUUAUUAUUAUUGUGUAAUUUUUAUUGUUUGAGAUUAUUUUAUAGGAAAUAAAUAUAUGUUAGGAUACUCUGCAGUUAUAAAUAUGACCUUUCCACUAGCAGUACCUGAAGGGUAUAAGAUCAAUCAAAUACUAUGUGCUAUUUUAAUUUCAAUACCAGCAUUUUCUUACGGAAAUUCUAUUGGAUGGAUGUCUCCCAUGACCCUUCUCCUACAGUCACAGGAAUCACCCAAAGGUGUGCCUUUGACUGAUCUCGAGAUUUCGUGUAUGGCAUCCUUGCCUUAUAUAGUGUGUAUACCCAGUACGUACUUAAUGGCAGCCAUCGGAGAUCGUUACGGAAGAAAAUUAGCUCUUCUCACAAUGUCUGUUACCUCGGCUACAAUCUGGCUUCUGAAGUUGUGUUCGAUGAAUAUUUGGGUAUUUAUCUUAGCGAGGAUGUUAGUUGGCAUUAACAUGUCUGGCACGUGUGUCACCUGUCCUACAUACAUCAAAGAAAUUAGUGACAAUGACAUCAGGGGUGCUUUGGGAUGCUGGGGUACCCUAUUUUUUACUAUGGGGUGUUUAUUUUCUUAUAUUAUCGGUGACUUAUGCAGUUACCGUGUAAUUCUUCUGAUUUUGUUGACGAUACCAGCCCUACAUUUUGUGAUAUUCCUGACGAUGCCAGAAUCUCCGUCAUAUCUUUUAAAGAAAGGAAAAGAUGAGGAAGCAUCGAAAGUUCUGAUGUGGCUUAGAUGCAGAAAACAAUAUGAUUUUUCAAUCAAAGAGGAAAUGGACUAUAUGAAACAAGAACAACAAAGAGACGACAAUCAGACGGCAUUCUUAUUAAAAAAUAUUUGGAAAGAUAACAUUCUUCGCAGAGCAUUCUACAUAGCAUUAAUAGCUGCGAUGGCUAGAGAGCUUUGCGGAAGUGUCCCAAUUUUGAUAUUUGCUGGAGAUAUAUUUAAAAUGUCAUCAGAAGGAACAGGGAUCGUUAUGAGCCCAAACCAGAAUGCCAUGGUGUUGGGAGCUGUUCAGUUACUUGGAGCUACUUUAGUUUCCGCCAUCGUCGAAAGAUUUGGACGGAAGCCCCUGCUUGUAGCGACCUGUCUCCUCUCCGCUACCAGCAUGUGUGUUCUUGCGUCCUGGUUCGUGUUUCAAAACGUCCAUCCGCCAUCUUGGAUUCCCGUGCUUACUUUGUGUAUAGCCGUUUUCUGCGAUUCAUGUGGCCUCCUGCCCAUAACACUUGUUUUAACGAGCGAGAUAUAUUCUUUUAAGUAUCGCGGCACAGUAUUGGCAACAACAAUGGCACUCGCGUCUUUAGUGGAUUUUUUCCAGCUUAUUUUAUUUAAAUUUUUAAUCAAAGUAGCCAACGCAUGUUCAGCAUUUUAUAUUUAUGGGGUCAUCAGUCUUCUGACUGCGCUAUAUGUGCUUGUUAAAGUACCGGAAACUAGGAACAGGAAAUUGGAAGAUAUUUAUUAUGAAAUGAGAACCGAAGCGGAGAAAAGGCAAUUGGAAAUCCGAAAUUCAAUUUAAAUCGAUGAAUAAUGCAGAUAAUAUUAUAGGAUAGGAACCAGAUUAAACAUAACAACCAAUGAAACCUUUCUUUGAUCUGUCUCUUCAAAUAUGAAAUUUAACAUAAUUUUUGA